UCUGAUAACACUCUUCCGUCCCCCCGACCGGAACUAGAUCCACCACCCCUGAGCCUCCAUCGCCGCGCAACCCCACGCGCUCCUCCACCUUCUUCCCCGUCGGGGCCAUCGUGCCACCAGAACCACCGCUCCCCCACCUUCUUCUCUGCCGGGGCCCCCGCGCCACCAGAAACCCCGCUCCCCACCUUCUUCCUGGCACCGACGCCGCCAGAUCUCUCGCGCCCCGGCCACCGUGGCUCCAACCACCGUCUCCCCGUUCUGCCCCCCCUGGCCACCAGCACUUCCUUCGUGCAACAAGGGUAGCCGAGCACCGCAUCCGGCCGUGGGUUCACGACGAGAACCCACCGGAUCCGGCCUCCCAGAUGGCUGCGGCCGUGGGGCGUCGAGGUCACCGUGGCCCUCUCCUCCCCAGAUCCGGUGAGCCCCUCAUGGACCUCUCCUCCCUAGAUCGUGCGCCGACGGUGACAUCCAACGAGUCAGGGCGGACCUCAUCCGGCUUCUUCCCCCGCCGGCGCCGCAGCUGGCCGCACCUCCUAGUGCCCCUCGGGCUGGUCUCCCGCCGCCCCUGCCCGGCAUCACCCAUUCCCCACGCCCGGAUCCGCCAUUCGUCCUCGAUCUGGAUCAAGUCGACGACGAGCCCUCUCCUCGUGGCGGUCUCCGGCGAGACCCUCAUCUGCGCCACCCGUAGGUACUCGGGUGCCACCCCACCACGUGCAGCUUGGUCGCGGCCCCCGUGCAGCUCGGUCGCGCCGCCGCCGCCGCCCCAGCGCUGCACCUCCCUGACCAGCGCCGUUGCCGCCACUCCAGCCUUACGCCUCGCUGCAAUCCGCCCUCCUCCACGUCGACCCCUGGAUCUGACGACCGAGCCGCCACACGAGUCAAACAGAAACCGAUGAAAAGGAUUCCUGGGCUAGUGCUCAUCAGUCUUGGGUGACUAGUUUUGCGCACGUAGGAGUGCAGCUUGACCAACGGGACGUGCAAUUUGGCCCAUGGCGUCGACGGUUUUCCGGUGAACUCGCGUGUGCACGGGCAGUUCCCUUGGACUAUGCACACGUGGUCGUUUUUAUGAGGGGUUCACUGUGUAUGUUGGAGAGGUUCGCUCCUCCAUGGGGGUCAUCUUUUUAGGUAGUUCACUUCCUGAAUUGUUUUAACACUCUUUUGUUUUUGUUUAAAUCCGGUCUAGUGCAGUUCGUUUGUCAUGUUGGAUAUGUUCAUUUUCAUGAAAAAAUAAAAGGUUGAUGCAGCCCACUUCGAGGAAUCUUGUGGUUCACCGCAUUCAAUAAGGAAGAAACAGAGUGUCUUUAUCAGAUAGAUGUGGCUUUGAAGCUCA